AUGGUCCAACUUGGGCAGCUUGUCUUGUCGCUCCUCCCCCUGGCUUUCUGGGCCGAACAGCAGCUUCCCAUUACAGACCCGCACGACAUACCACACCCGCACUCCGGCUUCACAAGACCAGCAGAUGCCACAACAACGAAGUCCAUAGCCAUCGUAGGCGCGGGCAGCGGAGGGCUCGCCGCGCUCAAGUCGAUUCUUGACUUGCCGCCAGAGACGCGUGCCGGGUGGGAGGUCGUCUUGUACGAGCAACGACGGGAUGUUGGCGGCGUUUGGCUGCCGGAUCCCCCAGGGCCUCUCCCAACGCCGCCAGAUCUGCCCGAGAGCCCACUCUACCCACGUCUGCACACGAACACGCCGCACCCGGCAAUGACGUACCGGAAUUUCACGUUCCCGCCGGGCACGCCGCUCUUACCGCGGUGGGAUGCGGUACAGCAGUAUUACACAGAUUAUGCGGUGCACUACGGGCUGAAUGAGUAUAUUCACCUGAAUCAUACCGUUAUCUCUACGCAGUGGCAUGGGGACGACAAGGAGGGCGACUGGCAUGUCGAAGUGCAUGCCCGUGGCGGCAACGACGGGCGCAAGGUCGUCCUGAAGCGUACAUUCGACCACCUUAUUGUUGCGACCGGCAACGAUCACUAUCCGAAAAUCCCGACGUGGAACGGUACGGCGACCUGGCUGGCUGGUACUCGUCCGGGGCGACCGGCGCGGCAGAUUGAACAUUCAAUAUAUUACCGCGACCCCGAGGUUUAUGCAGACAAGACCGUCGUAAUCGUAGGUGGAGGGCCUAGUGCGCGAGAUAUUGCGAUACAAAUCGGCCCUAUAGCCAAGGUGAUAUACCAAUCUCUACAAAGCGACAGUGUACCCAUUCCAGGUAGAACGAUCAUCCCAAAGCCACUAAUUUCCCACUUUACGCGUGACGCCGUCGUCUUUCAGGACGGGUCCGUCUUAAGAGACGUCGACGCGGUCCUCCUCGGCACAGGCUACGAGCUUCGUAUGCCUUUCCUCUGUUCGCCCCACGCCUCCGUGAUGGACACCGACCCAUACACGCGCGCAAACUCGUCCACCGCGAGGAAGCUCACCAGCAAUCUGCGGUACGUCUUCCCGCUGCACCGGCACAUAUUCAGCAUCGCGCCGGACGUCCCCACCACUGCGCUCGCAUUCAUCGGGCUCCCCGUGUUCAUUGCGAACGCGCCGUCGGACACCGCACAGGGCAUAUUCGUCGCCCAUGUGAUCGCCAACGCAUCGCUCCUCCCGCCGCGGGACGCGAUGAUGCAGGAGCUCCUUGAACACGAAGCUACUGUGCGUGCAAAUGGCCCCGACCUGUACCGCGUGGGGUACCGGCUAAUCGGCGACAACACGGAGGAGCAGGACUACCAGGACCAGCUGAUCGAGGACUUGAAAAAGCAGGGUGCCCUGCCAAAUGACGGGAAGAAAUUCGCCGAGGAUUGGCGCAGAAUGGCGCGCCUCAACUGGAUACGAUUGGCGCAGGCGUGGUGGAGGGUGGAGGAGCUUGGUGAGGAGGCACGCUGGCUGGAGGGCAUGGAGACAGAGAGCGAGUGGGCAGACAUGAUGCAUCGUUUGGCGGACUGGCAGAGGGACUGGGAGAAAGAGCAUGGACGGGUGGACAUUACUGGGGCAUUUAAUGCUGAGUACUAG